UUUGGCCAGCCUGUCCAUGGGAAUAAAAGGGAGUUUAGUCGUCUUGAUGAAGCACAGGUUGUCCUCAAGAUCAGAAAAUAGCCUUGACCUGGUUUAUGUAGUAGUAUAGAUGUAGUUCUGAGGUAUAGAAAGUAAAAGUAGGGUUUAAAAAUGUCCGGUCAGGUUCUACCUACCACUUAAUGUAGUCCUUGUUUCCUCAGGCACUUUGGGCUUUUUGUGGCAUAUAGCAUAACAUCCUAAAUUUAAAUUACAGGGCAAAAGUACAGUGGAGAGCUAUGAAACUUCAGUGACUGCAAAGCAAACUUCUUAGCUUUUUUCUCAGGGUGUCUUCAAGGCUUUUGUGUUCACAGAGGAGAAACAGUACCAGCAGAAAAGUACCUUAUCCUUCUUAAGCAUCUUGAGUUCAGGUUGGGGCUUUUACCAUUACAUCAUAUGUCAAAAGGUGUCAGCCUCUUGGAGAAAUAAGUACUUUACUGAGUUAGCAGAGGUAGCAUGUUUAAAGGAAAAAAUGUAAGCAGACCAUUGCCAGGAACAGUGCUGAGAAACUCAUGGAAACACAGAGAGAUACUUGAGCAGUUGUGUGACACACAAGGAAAGACCCCGGACUGUUGCAUCGUUACUUCCAAGGGCCUGAUUUUGUCUCUGGCUGAUGCUGACAUUGUUUGCUUUCUCUAUCAAUAUAAAAAUCAGUGGGAUUUUCCUCAAAGCUUCUAACAGUGCGUUAGAGACAAUUGUAUUGAACUGGAACCACAGGAUGAGGCUGAAAGCAAGGUCAGGAUGAAAGGGACCACACUGGGAAUGGAUAUUGUGUUCCCUGUAGAAGGGAAGCUCACUGCCUUUCCUUGUGGUACCUGAGUAUCUACAGUUAGAGGCUGGCCAUGGAUGGAUGGAUUGAAAGAUUGUAUGUGGAUGAUUGUAUGCAGAAAAUUAGCUUAAUUUCCUACCCACUUGCACCUUGCAUUAUCUGUUUUCUAUCAAAACAAAGGCAAGGGGUUGCACCAUGUAAUUCAGCUACAACAUGUCAGCUUUUUACAAGCAGCUCCCCAUCAUCAAGCCUUCUUUUACACUUCCAGGCUGCACCUGGGGACUGACUACAUUUUUAAACAAAACACAAAGCAGCUUAGUAUACCAUGAUCUGCUUGUCCUGUGACACUUUGACCUUUGCCAGCACCUGAGCUUCUAGAUCCCAACACAAAAUGGCUGGAGGCAAAACUUUUUCACAGAUAGGAUCUCUUCUCCAUUUGCUGCCCUUAGGUAGUUCACUUGCAUAUGUUGAGCUGCCAGGGCUGUCCAUUCCCUUGGGAUUUAGGUCUCAGCAGCUGCAACACUUCAUUGAAAUGUGCCUGCCCUUGAGAUCCCCACAGAACCAUUACAGCAAGAUGUAUUUUGAUCUUUAAAACCAUUUGAUCCAUUUUAGAAAUAUAUGGCAAGAAAGCAGGUCUGGCAUAUUUUCUCAUUCUGGGUACCUCUGGCAAGACAGUAAGUGGCUAAUGGAUUUGUCAUUCAUCAUGGUGUUGAUCAGCCUUUCUCAUCUAGGUUGAGAAGCCCAGUGUGAAUAUAAUCAUUAGAAAGGUAGCUGUUCAGUGCCAAAGGGAGUUUUCGUUCCUUGACUAGGGUUUUUCCACAAGAUAGAUUUGGAUUCCCAUAUAUCUGUCCCAUAUAAAGUACAUUUUUAUUGUGCCAUUCCUCAGUUAAACAACUUGUGGUGGGGAAUUUUAAUUCAUUGAUGGGUAGGAUUUCUCCUAAUCCCUGCAUUUUGGAAAAUAGAGAUAUAAAGAUACUUGUUACCUAAUGCUUUAAGAGUUGCAGCUUAAUGCUAAGGAAUAACUUGUAACUUAAGAACCAGAUUGUAUCAGAUACACAUUAAAUCACAUUAUCUGCUAGUAAAUUAAUCUUGGUUUUUUAUUUUAUUUUAUUUUUUCUCUCCCUUGCAGUUCCGAAGCAUACAAUCUCACGUUGUCCUGGACUGGAGCAGUAAAGGAUAAAUUUGAUCACUGACUGACUUGUCAUCUCUUUGUAGUGAUGGACAAAUGGUCGCCUAAAAUAAACCCUUUGUUAUGCUGCUAAAACUACAUUUGAAUGCAAGAUCUGUUGUGAUUUUUGAAACACAAACCCAAAAAUGUCAGAACCCAACCCUUCAUCUGGAUUUGUAGGAAACAUGGAAAAUGGGACUUUUCUGGAGCUAUAUCCCACAUCCCUUUCAACUUCAGUGGAUUCAUCACCUGGCCGUUUAUCCAAUGUCUAUGUCUAUGUUUCAAUAUUCCUUAGUCUCUUAGCUUUUCUCCUUUUGCUAUUGAUCAUUGCACUUCAGAGGCUGAAAAACAUAAUUUCUUCCAGUUCCUCCUACCCAGAAUAUAAUAGUGAUGCUGGAAGCUCUUUCACUAAUUUAGAGGUUUGUAGUAUUUCUUCCCAGCGCUCUGCUCUCUCAAACCUUUCUUCAUGAAACUAAAUGGAAGGAAACAUACAGCAAAUAGAAGAAGAGGUUCGCCCAGUUUCUUGGGAAGGUAGUGCAUGCAACAUUUGCCUUAGAAGACUAUUAUGAGGAGGUGGCUUUCAAAGUUUCUGUCGUUUUUUUUUCUUUCCUUUUCUAGUGUGCAUUUCCCCUUUUACUAAUGUUCUUUUUCAUUCUGGACAAUGGAUAAUGAUAUUUGUUCAUUGUUUUAUGCCUGCAAUAGUGGUGCUGUCUUUUUCUCACACAUAUACUGUGUUCAUUAAAAGUAUUCCUUCCAAACUGUAA